AUGGGUAGGAUACAGGCCAUAGUUAUAAGCGACUCUACUAUGCUAAAAGAUGUCAAAACUAAACUAGAAAAGAACAAGUAUAUCAAUAAAACUAAGAAGAUAGAGAAGAGAGGAGAUGAGUUUGUUAUAUACACUACAAUAGAUGAGAGUGAUUUCACUAGCAAACAGCUCCUUUGCUCGAUCCUUUCAUCAGUACCGCAUACUAUCGAAUACCAUGAAAUUGAUCUAAAUACUAUCGACAAGGGGUAUUCCAUGCCCAGCACCAUUAAUAAGAACACUUCUUUGGCUACUUGUCUCUAUAACUAUUGCCGUGAGAAUACAAUACCCCCACCUGUAUAUAAUGCGCUUUUACAAAACUUGCCUAAGAAAUGGAGUAUAUAUCCACCCAUGGUGCUAUUCUCUUCAAAUACAUUUGAAUCCGAAAUCUGGAGAGACCAUGCUGGAUUUUUCCCCUUCUUGAUUUCAAGUAUGUUCCCUUCAGCGACUCAUAUCGCAGUUAAUAAACCUAUUAUUGAAUCUGAUGAGAUGAGACGACCAUUUAACUUGGUUCCUGUAUAUGGAGAAUUUGGACCUGCUCAAAGCUCAGAUCUCUUUGAAUGUCCUACUCACGAGGACUUCGAGGAUGAAUUGUGGUGCUCUGUUGUACAAAAUGGCAUAACUCAGUGCUGGGCUCCCAGAUACACUAUGUUCUCUAGAGGAAAUAUCAAGGAAAAGAAAAGAGUAUUGGAUACAUUUCAAUUGAACCCCAAUGACGUCAUUCUUGACUUAUACAGUGGCAUUGGGUAUUUCACCUUCUCUUAUAUCAAGAAAGGAGGAAUAGUGUUUUGCUGGGAGAUAAAUAAAUGGUCGAUUGAAGGCUUAAAGAGAGGAAUGAUAGCAAAUGGGUUCAAAUUUAAAGUUGUGGAGAAGGAUGAAGUAAUCAAUGCAGCACAAUUCCAAUCACUAUUGAAUGCAGGAACAAAGGCAUUCAUAUUCAACGAGUCAAACAUCACUGCACCGAAACGAAUUGAGCAAUUGGACCAGACCUUACCAAUCAAGCAUAUAAACUUAGGACUAUUACCAAGCUCUCAACAGAGUUGGGAAAUUACUUCCACAAUUAUUCAAAAAUAUAGCAAAUGUCCAACUUCCGUACAUGUCCAUGAAAAUGUUUCAAUACAUGCUUUUGAGAAGUUUAAAGAGAGUACUUUAAGCUACUUUUCUAAUUUUGGAAAAACGGAGUUUCUUCACCUAGAGAAAGUCAAGACAUUUGCCCCUGAUAUCUGGCAUAUUGUCGUAGACUAUUUACACCACCCCAGCUAG